AGAGUGGGCCAAAGCCAAUGAUGACUGCCAUGUCAUUUGUAUCGACAUGCAGGGGGUAGUGUUCACGCCAAACCUGACACACUCCAACGUGUACUAUCAACGGCAGCUGGCCAACUACAACCUCUGUAUCCAGGAGAUGGGCACUGACAAACCUCCUACAAUGUGCCUCUGGCAUGAGGGCAUCGCUCACAGAGGUUCCAUCGAGGUGGCAAGCUGUCUUUUGAAGUGGGCAGAAACAUCUUUCGCUCCCCUAGUCCAGGCAAAGGAACGGAAGCUCAUCAUCUAUAGUGACCGAUGCUGUGGGCAGAACAACAACUGGCGAGUCCUAAACCUCAUGGCCCUACUCGUAUCUAGAGGGUACUUCAGUCAGAUAGAGCAGAAGUUCAUGGUGUCUGGUCACUCCUUCCUUCCCUGUGACCGUUCAUUUGCCACGCUGGACAAGAGGCGUAAGGUGUCCACACUCCACACCCCCAGCGAUGUCGCCGAGAUGAUCCGUGGAGCCAGGCAGCUGCAUCCAUUUAAAGUAAUUGAGAUGAAAUGUGCGGACUUCAGGCAGCUCCCUGAUGCAACAUUAAAGCAUCCACCUGGCUUCCUAAUCACAUCCAUGAUGUGGUUGAAAGUGACAGCUACUGAUCCAUGGUGUGUCCACACAAAAGGGAGCCACAGCCUCUACGAGGGAUGGAAGCAUUGGCUGAUCACCAAACAGAGGAAGAAUCAACCACCUCCAGCUCCCUUGUUCUCCACCACGUAUGCUCGUGCUUACGAGGACCCUCUGCCCAUCAAGAAGGAGAAGCACCGUGACCUUAUGAAAAUGCUAGCCUACAUGCCAGCGGAGGCCCAAGCAUUUUAUGGGACAUUAGAAUGUGAAGAGUAGCCUGGUAUGUGUAGGUCAUGUGCAGGGUAAGGUGGGAUAUAUUGUGUAUAUUGUGUGAAAUUAAUCAUAAAAGUAGUUGUAGCUUAUCUUGUAUGCCUUAUCUUAUGUUGUAUAAUAGGAAUAUAUAGGUAUUUAUUUUAUUUUAUUUAGAACCAAAAAAAGGAAGACGUAUAUGGUAAACUAGCAUAUGGAACCAGCAUGGAAUGAAGAUGAUGUAUGUCUGUAUUGUAAAUAUGUAUUGUUUACCAUUAUUACUGUUUAUUGUUUGUAUGUAUUGUUUAUUGUAAGUAUGUACGGUUUGUUUGUACUGACGUUUAUUUUCUGUACUAUAAGUAGGCCUAUGUAUUGUUCAUUGUUCGUACCGUAUUGUCCGCGUUUUUGUUCUGUGAUUUACGUUGGCAAAAAAUAAAAGAAAUUGAAAGAAAGAAAUGCUUAAUAUUUUCUUUAAGGUUCUGUUACUGUAUUAAAACUAAGAUAAAGGAAUCAAAUCUCCAGUGGUUUAAAUUGAUAUGAUUAAUUGGACUUAUACUGUUAUUCCACAUUAACUGGACAUAUACUGUUCUUCCACAUACCAGAAAUGUAAAUUACUCUAACUUUUUAUUUUUAAGAUUGAUACUAAAAAAUCCUAUCUCAUUAGAAUUGGGAAGCUUUUGUUGUCUAUCUUCAAGUAAAAAAAAAAAAAAGUAAUAUAAUAUUC